AUGUCUUCGCUGUACUUCGACGAAAACUCCGAGUCGCAAGUCACAUCGACCACUGACAGUACACUGUCCCAUUCGACGAACAGCAGCAGCAACCUCUGCUUCCCCAAUCUCACUGGCGGCCACCAGUUGCAGUACAUAAACGCUGUUCAGUUGCAAUCGAAUAACACUAAAAUUGAGAAUAACUACACAAAAAUGUCCAACACCGACGGAAGAGUGGUGCUUGGCAAUCGAGCCAAUGUCUUGCGCAGCAUUGAGGCUUGCCCCGUCUUCACGGUGCGAACAGGCACCGUCAAGGGCAGCCAGAAGAAGGUGGUCAAUCGCGGUCGCUGGUCAAAGGAGGAGGACGCUGAGCUGAAGAGCCUGGUCGAGGAGAUUGAAGGGCUCAGUCGGACUGGCCACAUUGACUGGAGUAAGGUGGCUAGUCACUUUCCCGAUCGCAAUGACGUCCAGUGCCAGCAGCGGUGGUGCAAGGUCCUCAACCCCAGUCUCAUCAAAGGUCCUUGGACUCUGGCGGAGGAUCAAAAGAUCAUCGAGCUGGUGAACAAGUACGGUCCGAAGAAGUGGACAGUUAUUGCGAAGCACCUUGACGGGCGCAUUGGCAAGCAGUGUCGCGAGCGAUGGCACAAUCACCUUAAUCCGCACAUCAUCAAGACUGCCUGGACCAAUGAGGAGGAGGAGUUGAUCAUCACGGCGCACCAGAAGGAGGGCAACUCGUGGGCGAAGAUUGCCAAGCUGCUGCCCGGACGGACGGACAAUGCCAUAAAGAAUCACUGGAACUCGACACUGAAGCGGAAGGCAAUUGCCCUGGCCGAGGGCGUCCCGCUGUCUGAGUACAAGAAGCGACAACGACGCAAGAAGGAGGGUCAGCAGUCGAGCGGCAGCGGAAGCAGUGGCUCUACUCAGACGGCUGACAAACUGAACCCUCCUCGCUACAGUGCAGAUAUGCACGACACUUCCUAUUUGCUGUACCCAACGAACCAGCAGCAACAGGGCAACUCGGGCUAUGCUGACCACCACCAUCAGCAGCAACAGCAGCAACAUGGCAAUCCACUGAAUAGCACAGUCAACCAUUCACUGGCCGCCACCGACGAUGACGAGGAUGGCAUUGAGAAUGAUCUGAGCGACCUCUUCAGCUCCAGCCAGGGCGACAUCAUCAACUGCGAACUGUCGGAAAUUCAGGACGUCAAUGACCUCGUCUCCUCCAUCAAGUCCUCUCCCCUGCGCAAUCUAAUGGCUCCAGACUACACUGGGGUCGCCACCAGUGGCUAUCUUACCGAAGACAUUUCCAGCAUUAAUCAGGAUCUCUCUUUUCUCUCCCCCAACAAGAAUGAGCCACACAAUAAGAAGCCGUUUGUGUUCAGUCCAUCUGAGAAUCACUCCCCUAUCAAAGAGUCGCCUAUGCGCCAGUACAGAGGCGGCAAAGGACUGUCAAAUAUAACCAAUCAGGAUGUCCUUCUCAGCUCUGCAUCUUUUGCCGAGUACAGCUCACCGGGAAUGCUUUUUCCAGAGCAUCAGGAGGGGGAGAAAACGUCUCAGGAAGGUGGUGCUGGCUCUAUGAUGUCUGACGAUUUGUUUGAAACUCCGAGCAAAUCGUUUAUUCAGUCCAGCAUUUACGAUGACCACCUUUCCACGCUUUUCUCUCCGGGCAACUGUCUGGGCUACAGCGUCUCCCCUAAGAUGUUCACCUCCCCUUCGGUGUUCCUGAACCCUCCCCAGGCAAUCAUAAAGGCUGAGCAGUUGAGUGCAGAGAAAAAUGGGCCGACUCACCAUCGAAUCAGUGGCAAUUCACAAGUGAAGGUAAUGACUCCCCUCAGCUCCAUUGGUCUGAUGGGACCGCCGGAGAAUCCGCCCUUGAAGAGUGGCGAGCAGCAGCAGCAGUUGACCAAUCUCGACCCUGCCAAUCCGGGUAAUCUGGUACUGAGCUCCUUUGAGCAUAGUUCGCCCGCAAGCAGUAGCAGUAGUUCGUCGACCAACGGUGGCUACUACUUUGACUAUGCUCUCAACUCGCAACCGAACAACACCUUCACCUCCACACCUGUGAUAAUGUCCAAGUCUCUGCAGUGCCAGAGUCAA